AACAAAUUCUAAAAGAACUCACAGUUUAAUUGAUCUCCUAGUGCAAGUAACAACGCGAUUUAAUAAACUUUUUCAAAUAAAAUUAAACUUAAAGAAGUAAUAGCAUUUUACAAAAUGAGAACAUCAUCGGUUUUAUUAUUAACUAUUGUAGCUGUUGUCGCCAUUUAUGGCGGUUAUGCCAAAGCUAGUAUUAUACCACUUGGCGGUGUAGUUGUUUUGCAUCCAGAUGGCUCUGCUGCAGUGGCAGCCGCCAAUGAAGCAGCUCAAAAUCUUGCCAAUAGUAUACAAGAAGCUGGCAAUCAAGCUGUUAGUAAUGCUCAAGUUGCUGCUGAUGCUGCUGGUGUUAAUGCUCAAGCUAUAGUUGAUGCUGUCCAAGCUGCAAACGAGCGUGUUGCUGCUGCAGCUGAGGCUCAAGCUCAAGCAAAUGCUGUUGCUUUAGCUAAUGCUCAAAUUGCUGCUGAAAAUUUAGCUGCUGCUCAUGCUGUCUAGGAAAACAAAAUUAUUAUUUAAAAAAAAUGUUUAAAAAUACUUUAUUACUCGUGCUUGCCAGACAUUGAAGUACGUUUCUUUUUUGUUGGUUUGUUGGGCUUUGUUAUUUAUAAUGCUAAUCAAUGGCGACAAAUACAUGUUACCUGAAAUUGUCAUAAUAUAA